AGGACCGGCCGGAAGUGCGGCCGCGGCCCUCGGCCCGCGCAGCGUAUUGCAGCGUCCAGCUGCUCCUUGCAGCAGCUCUCUGCACCCCCCCAGCCCGGGGGCAACCCCCAGACGGAUGAGGUUACUGAGGCCCCGAGAAGUGAAGGGACUCACCCAAGGUCCCACAGCAGACAAGUGGUGGAGCCGGGAUUAGCGGGGGGAUGGGGAAACGGGGUCCCCGCGGCUGAUCCGUGUCUCCUCCUCCUCCUCCUCCUCCCCCGCGACCUCCGGGGGCGCGCAGGUCUCCCCCGCCCGCUCCGGGUCCGAUGCCCACGCCGCCCCGCGACCCCUCGGGAUGGGCUGAGCCCCGGCAGGCCAUGCGGAUCAGCGUGGGCGGGCUCCCCGUGUUGGCGUCCAUGAGCAAGGCGUCGGACCCCCGCUUCCGGCCCCGCUGGCGGGCCAUCGUCCUGUCGGCCCUCAGCGUGGCGGCCGCCCUGCUCCUGCUCUGCCUGCAGCGGCCGGCCCCCCGCGCCCGGCCCCGGCCCCCCGGCCUGCCCCCCGGGGACCGCUACAACGCCACCUACCCGCUCUCCCCGCCCCAGCGGACCCCCGAGGGGCUCCGCUACCGCAUCGCCCUCAUCGCCGACCUGGACACGGGGUCCCGGGCGCGGGCGGAGAACACCUGGUUCAGCUACCUGAAGAAGGGUCACCUGACCCUGGCGGCCGGGGGCGAGCGGGUCAGCGUGGAGUGGGACCGGGAGGACGGCGUCCUGGAGUCCCACCUGGCGGAGGGGGGCCGCGGCAUGGAGCUGUCCGACCUGGUGGUCUUCAACGGGAAGCUGUACUCCGUGGACGACCGCACCGGGGUGGUCUACCGGAUCGAGGGCACCAAGACCGUGCCCUGGGUCAUCCUGUCGGACGGAGACGGGACCGUGGGCAAAGGUUUUAAGGCGGAGUGGCUAGCGGUGAAGGACGAGCACCUGUACGUGGGCGGCCUGGGCAAGGAGUGGACCAGCGCCACCGGCGAGGUCGUCAACGACAACCCCGAGUGGGUCAAGGUGGUCGGCCACAGGGGCAACGUGGAGCACGAGAACUGGGUGUCCAACUACAACGCCCUGAGGGCCGCCGCUGGCAUCCAGCCCCCAGGCUACCUAAUCCACGAGUCGGCGUGCUGGAGCGACACGCUGCAACACUGGUUCUUCCUGCCGCGCCGGGCCAGCCACGAGCGCUACAGCGAGAAGGAGGACGAGCGCCGGGGCACCAACCUGCUCCUCCGCUCGGCCCAGGACUUCGGCCACAUCGCCGUCAGCCGCAUCGGGGAGGUGAGCCCCACCCACGGCUUCUCCUCCUUCAAGUUCGUGCCCGACACGGACGACCAGGUCAUCGUGGCCCUCAAGUCGGAGGAGGAGGGCGGCCGGGCGGCCACCUACAUCAUGGCCUUCACGCUGGACGGCCGCUUCCUCCUGCCCGAGACCCGCAUCGGCGACGUCAAGUACGAAGGGAUCGAGUUCGUCUGAGGGAGGAUGGCGUCGCCGGCCCGGCUUUUAGGCGGACGGGGGAGAGGCCGGUUUGUGAUUGUCGGGGUUUUUUAGGUUCUUUUUUUUUUUUUUUUUAAAUCCUUUCGGUUUGGCCCGGCCGGGGGUCGCCGAGGACCCCCCGGCCUGCGGAAGGGCCGGGGACCGGACGGCUUGGCGGUGGUGACCUGAAUGUGUUCCCGUGCUGAUGCCUGGUGUCGGAAAGCGAUCAUUGCAACCGGUUUACAUCCCCCCGUCCCGCCGACCUCUUGCCCCCUAGCAUCCUCUGAGACCCUCCCACCACCCCCUCGCCUCCCGGGAUCUUCUGGGGCUCUCCCGGCCCCGCGGUUUGGUGCCGCGGCAGGGGAGGGCCCUCCUGGUAGAGCCCGCCCUUUCUGGAGGAUUCAGCGGCAGGGAGGGGAGCGGACUCCCCCCCUCCCCGGUGAAUCGGAGACCCCCAAGGCUCUGUGACGGAGCAGACCGAACCCCGGGGCCGGGGGCGUCCCCGGAGAAGCCGAGACCCUUCCCGUCCCAGCCUGCCUCGCCGGGCUUCCUUCGGCCAAACCCACCUAGAGCCACAGAGCACUUUUAAUCGCCUCCCCCUGAGUAAACCGCCCUCCCCCCGGUCAAGCAGAGCCCCCCCAGUGCUGACGGGGUCCGUCCCCCGCCGGGCAGCAGGCCCUGCCCUCGGGAGAGGCCGGACCUGAGCGAGACGGGUGGGGGGAAUCGUCCUCCAUUGGGGGCCAGACCCAGCCCCCUGCCCGGAGCAGGGUGUCGGUCCGACUCUGAAGCUUGGGGCUGAGGGAGCAGGGCCUGAAGCUCCCGGCGGGAGAUCCGACAGGACCACCCGGCCCGCCGUCCCCUCCCGCCUCGCUGGGUGCGGACCCUGGAGCGGCGGGGGUGAGGGGGAGCAGGUCUCACCGUGGGCAUCCAUGCCGGGGGCGGAGGGAGCCGGGUACCUCAUUCCGUGGACGGAGCCCCCACAGGCGCUACCUCAUCCUCCUCUCACCUCUUCCCUUCCCCCAUCCGACCAUUCGAAAGCCCCUCUUUUCGGGUCUUCCUUCCCCGCUGGGACGAACAAAGCCCUUUCCUCACCCUGGCUUUGGGCAGCCGGAAGGGGCCUGCCUCCUCCAGGAAGCCCACCGGUCCCGAGCCCCCCUUCUUACUGCUUAGCCGCCUCUUCUCCCUCUCCUCUCGCUUCCUCAGGCUCUUCCUUCCAGGUGGGCGAGGGGAAACAAGGAGUCCCCCUUCCUUGGGAAAGUCCCGAGACCCCGAGCGGGAGACCCCCACCUCCCCUCUCCCAGCACCAAGCACCUGGAGCGUGAACUGGAUUCCCCAUUUGCACAGAGCGAAUGAACUUCCCGAUAUCUUUAAAUUAUUCUCUCUCGGUCGCCCCACCGCCCUUCUGUGUUCCCUCCGUCCGAACGACGACCGUGCUUCCGCCUCCCGGAUCCGUCUGUUUUCGAAACAAUAAAGUUUCAGAGGGGAACCGUGA